UCCGCGCGCGGAGGCGUCACCGCGCGCGCGCGUCGUCGAUCGCGCGCGAAUCCGCGAACGCGUCGCGCGCGCUUCCCGACGCCGCCGAUCGCGCGCGCGGCGCGGCGUCGCGUCGAAUGCCCCCGUCGACGACGCUGCUCCGCGCGCGCGAUCUCGAGCGCGCGCUCGCCGAGCCGUGGCCGAACGCGCGAUGCGCCACGGCGCUCGACGACGCGAUGAUCGACGCGCUGAAAAAUCGGUUCGCGAUCAUGACGCCGUUCGCGAGGCGCGGGGCGGUGUGCGCGGCGAUGUUGGCGUCGAAACGCGCGACGAGCGCGCGCGCGAUCGCGACGUGGCGGGACGUCGCGGCGGGAGACGCGGAUGAGUGGGUGCGAGCGAUGGCGCGGGCGAUGGAUGAAAGCGGGGAAAGAUUCGAUUGCGACCGAUUCGCGACGGAUGUGCCGGUGGUGAAUACCGCCGUGCGGGCGAUAAAGGAGACGAUUGCGAACGCGGGGGAGGAUGGGAUGACGCGAAGACCGCGCGCCGACGCCUACCUGACGAUGAAAGAGCCGACGGCGCAUGGACACUUCACGCUGAGAGAACGGCGCGAGCCGAAGAAGCGGCCGAUGAGUGCGGGAAGUCGAGGUGCAACGAUCGCGGGCGAUGGUUCGUCGCAAGUGAAUCGCGCGCAGGCGAACAUCUUUGCGCCGUCGCGCAAGCCGACGGCCAGCGGAGGCGCUUCGUUUUUGCGCGACACGGGUCGAUCUGGCAGUGUCGGUGCCGCGCGUUCGCGAGUCGGUGGCGGCAUUCCUCGUCCAGGGGCGAAGACUAUGGUCAUCGACGUCGCCGAAGCCGCGCAACUCGGCGCUACUUCGCAAAUCGACGAUCCUCUCCGAGCGCAAGCGCAGGAGGAACGCGAUCGCAAACGUCAACGAGAAAAGGAGGCCAAGGAGCAACGCAUGCAGAGAUUGAUGCAAGAAAUCGAGGCAAAGAAACAAAGGGAAUUGACGAGAAAACGCGAACGCGACGAAGAAAUUUUGGAGAAGAAGAAGGCUUACCGGGCGGAGAUUGAAGCAAAGCGCGCGAACAAGCGCGUCGCUUCCAUCGCCACGCCGUCGCCCACGGACGAACCGGCGACGUGGUGAAUAGUGACGGAAUAGUAACAAAAAAGACACAGAGUAUCCGCUUGCGCGCAUUCGUGCGCGCAGCGCGCUCACAUGACUGCGCAUUCGUGCGUGGUUUGUACAAAAAAAGCCGACUCCCGCGUCGGAGCAAAAAAAAUUGAUAAGCGCUCGAGCGAGCGCGACGAAGAAGCGAGCCAACUUCGUCGUUCGAGCGUGGAGUACACUACGAUAGCUACCCCCUAGCGAACGAUCGUCUCGAUCGUUCGAUGAAAUUCAGAACCAACCAGGAAACCGGAGAAAAAUCAAA